AUGGCGCUCCAAGAAAGGCAUCGAUGGAUGGCCGCCAAUGUCGCCUCGGCUUUUGGCAUGUCAGACAGGGUCCACUCCGUUGAGGCGUUGCUCGGGGAAUACAACAACCUCAAGAAGCUGAACGACUUCCUCGAAGGCAAGAGCAAGCACAGGCACGUCUUCGUCUACUACCAGCGACCGGACGUUCCCAACGACCAGGGAGAGCUUGUCGAUGCCAAGGGAGAUGCAAAGCUGAUUAUCACAACCGGCGAGCAUGAGGACGUCCGAAUCAAGAACCGGGCAGUCUACUUUCUCCGAAAUGUCGCAGAGAAUAAGCCGGUGAAGGCCGACGUCAGCUCGGAUGGCGAUCUCUUGUUUGGUGAGAUGGCGGCCUCGCCGCUGGAGAGUUUGAACACUGGACUUUUGGACGUCUUCAAACCUCUGGUGAGCCAGGGCUCUACGGAUUGGGCUUCCUGUGAGUACGAGCAGGCGAGUGAGUUCAAGACGACCUUCGAGAAGUUCACCAUUGAGCUCUCCCAGGGCAUCCAAUCCCUCUCCGGUGGCAUCGACCUUCCGAGCCCCGAGCCGACCUCCGAGGUGGAUCGGAAUUUGCCCCUCAACGACGUCGCCAAGGAGCAUCCGGACCUGGUGGCCAAGUACGAGCAACUCUUGGAGGUCUGGUGCCGCCUCAUUGAGCAGUACCUCGAGCAGACCUUGGAGGGCCAGCAGAAGGACUCAGGCGACGCAGGCCCCCGAACCGAGCUGGACUUCUGGCGAAACAGGCUUCAGAAGAUCACGUCCAUCACGGAGCAGCUGAGGACGAAAGAGAGGAAAAUGGUCUUCGGACUGCUCCAGUCCAUCACGAAAGUGAGCCAUGAGGUAGCUCCGAAGAAUCGCCAAUCCGUCUUCAACACACUUCGCCGAUGGAAGCAGAUUGAGAUUGCCAUCACUGAAGCCUUCAACGAGGCCAAGGACAAUGUGAAGUACUUGACAACCUUGGAGAAGUUCAUCGAGCCCCUGUACAACGGAACCCCCGCGACCAUCAUCGACACGCUGCCCGCAUUGAUGAAUGCCGUGAAGAUGAUCCACACCAUUGCGCGCUACUACAACACCACAGAACGCAUGACCAACCUCUUUGCCAAAAUCACCAAUCAGAUGAUUACAAACUGCAAGGAGUGCGUCCUUGACGGAGAGGAACCCGAGUCGCUGUGGCAGAAGGAUCCCCUCGUCCUGAUUAAGAACCUUUGGUCUUGCAUCCGCCUCAACGAGGAGUAUCAGGAGUCUUACCGGCAGACGAAGGAGACGCUUCUGACGCUGCCCAAAGGCAAGCAGUUCGACUUCAGCGAGACCUUCAUCUUCGGCCGAUUCGACCUUUUCUGCCGACGUGUCACGAAGUUGAUCGACAUGUUCCAGACGGUGCACCAGUUCACAUCGCUUUCGCAGCACCGUUUCGAUGGCAUGGAGGGCCUGGUGAAGAACUUCAAGAGCAUGCUCGAGGAGUUUCAGUACAAGCGCCACGACCUCCUGGAUUUCACUACCAAUCGCUUUGACCGUGACUACGUGGAAUUCAAUGUCCGCAUUUCCGACUUGGAAAGCAACCUCCGCCAGUUCAUCAACCAGUCAUUUGAGGCCAUCGCGAGCAUCGACUCGUCUUUGAAGUUGUUGACGAAGUUCCAAGCAAUCCUUCAGCGAGACAGUCUGCGACAGGAUUUGGAGAACAAGUUCGCCGUGAUUUUCCACAACUACGGCCUCGAACUAACGCAUGUGCAGGACCAGUACGAGAAGUACAAAACAGGUCCGCCAUUGGUGCGAAACCUUCCGCCUGUGGCGGGGCACAUCACCUGGUCUCGGCACUUGUACAGGCGAAUCGAAGGUCCCAUGCAGAAGUUCCAGACGAACCCGACAAUUCUGACGGGCAAGGACUCGAAGAAGCUCAUUCGCAUGUACAACAAGAUGGCGAAGACCCUGGUGGAGUUUGAGACUCUCUGGUACCAGGCCUGGGUCUCCUCCAUCGAGACGGUGAAGAGCGGGCUGCAGGCGACCUUGAUCAUCAAGCAUCCUGACGAUAACAUGCGCUUCCAUGUCAAUUUCGACUGGGAGAUUCUCCAGCUCAUCCGAGAGACACGCUGCCUUGACCGAAUGGGCGGCGUCGAAAUCCCGGAAUCGGCGAAGAUGAUUCUGCUGCAGGAGCAGAAGUUCAAGACCUACAAUCACGAGCUCUCCUUCUUCCUGAAGGAGUAUCGCCGCGUGACGCAAUCCGUGAAACCCAUCGCGACGAACCUGAUGCGCCCUCACAUGGAGAACUUGGAGCUGAAAAUGAGGCCAGGGCUCGUCAUCCUAACGUGGACUUCGAUGAACAUCGAGGCAUACUUGGAGGAGGUCUGGAAGGAGCUCGACCGGCUUGAGCAGCUGGUCAUGGCCGUGAACGACCUCAUGGAAAGCCGAAUUGAUGCAAACUUGAAGAUCGUCUCCAAUGUCCUUCUGGUGAACCUGCCUGAGGAGCAGGAGCUGGUCACGCUCGAGGAGUUCGUGGAGAUGCAGGAGCGCCACGUGCGAGCAACCACAGACUUCCUGGUGGCCAAGAACGUGGAGAUCGAGAAUGCUGUGAAUGACAUGCUUGGCAUGAUUGUCGGCUUUGAGCUCGAGCCUCAUGUGCAAGUGGUCCAGGAAAGCGAGAUCAUCAAGGUCAAGGCGCACUACAACUGGUCCAUGUACCAAGCCUUGCUGAACGCGACCAAGAGCUCGCUGAAGGCAAUGAAGCUUCGCCUGUCCUCGAACUAUCGUGAGGGCAAGUCGCCGCCCCCUGCCUUCUUCGAGGUUGACCUCCAGCUUGACGGCAUCAGCGUGCGCUUGGACCCGUCGGUGGAGGAGAUCCAGGCGGCCAUCAAUGGAGGCGCUGUUGCGGUCCUAAAGUGCUCGAAGAUGAUCGAGGCCUGGGACACUGUGACGAUCCCAAAGAACGUGCAGCUCAUUCUCGACGCGAACUUGCCACCGGUGCAGGGCACAGGUUCGCAGGGUACCUUCUACGAUCGCAUCGCCCAAGACCGCGAGAUCCUUAAGGUGGUGCUGCUGCUCACCGGAAGCAUCCAGUCCGCCAAGAACAUGUGCAACAGCUAUCUCACGACCUUCAGUGAGUACGAGUGGACCUGGAAGGAAGACAUUGACAAGAAGUACGCCGAGUUCAAGGCAACCGGGCCGAGCCUGGACGACUUCGAGUCGAAGCUCAAGGAGUUUGUGGCCAUGGAGCACAAGGUCGAGCAGUUGACGGGCCAACAUCAGAUCUCCGCGCUGAUGCUGAAGACUGGCAGCCUGGCGCAAGACCUCAAGGAUCGGGCAGACAAGUGGAAGACGUGCUUCGCUAAGGAGCUGCACAAAGAGGCUUUCGCAAAGCUCGAGACUGUCAGCGAGAUGGUAAAGUCCACCAGCAAGAAGCUGAAAAGAGAGGUCGGCUCAGGCGACAUCGAUGCCCUCGCUUAUGUCAUGCAGACACUCCAGGAAGUCUACGCAAAACAAAGUGAGAUUGAGCUCGACUUCGUGCCCAUCGAGCACAUGUACCGCAUUCUGGAUGAGCACCUGCCCAACAUCAUGGACAAGGAGGAGCAAGACACGCGGUCCAUGCUCGAGCGAAACUGGAAGGAACUCUUGGAAGACACGGAGAAGCGCCAGCAGGAGCUGUCUGAGAAGCAGAUCCACUACAAGAAGGAUUUGAUUAAGACCGUGAAUGCCUUCAAGAAAGACGUUGCCCGCUUCCGCGCCGAGUACGAGCGUUCCGGGCCCAUGGUGAAGGGCAUUCCGCCCCGAGAGGCCGUGGAGCGUCUCAAGCGCUUCAAGGAGGAGUUCGAGGUCCGAGACCGAAAGCAGGAGAUCUACUACAUCGGCGAAGAUCUUUUCGGCGUUCCUCACCAGCGCUAUCCGGCCCUUGACACAACGAGACAAGAGCUCGGCUAUUUGUCCCAGCUUUACGACUUGUACGUUGCGGUCCUGGAGACCAUCAAGGACUGGAGGGACUACCUUUGGUGCGACGUGGGCGAGAAUAUGGAGGAAAUGCAGAAGAAGAUCGACAACUUCGCUGGGCGCUGUAAGAAGAUGCCCAAGCAGCUGAGAGAGUGGCCGGCCUACAACGAGCUGAAGAAGGAGAUCGAGGAUUUCCAAGGGGUGCUGCCUUUGCUGUUGGAGCUGGGGAAGCCAAGCAUUAUGCCACGUCACUGGCAGCAGGUCAUGGACAUCACAGGGAAGGAUCUCCCAAUCGACUCGGAGAACUUCAAGCUUCAGUCACUGAUUGAUGCGCAGCUCAACGAAUUCACCGAUGAGAUCUCGGACAUCUGCGAGGGCGCCGACAAGCAGCUUGUCAUCGAGAGCAAGCUCAAGGAGAUUUCCACCCAGUGGGAAGGCAUGAUGUUCGACUUCGGCACUUGGAAAUCUCGUGACUAUCCCUGUGUUCUCAGCGGCGCGAAGGUCGGGGAGACCCAAGAGGCCCUGGAGGAGACCAUGAUGAACCUGAACACAAUGAAUGCCCAAAGGCACUCGAUCCCUUUCAAGGAGGAGCUCAAUGGCCUGCUCUCCACGCUCUCAGACACAGGCGACACCAUCGAGCGUUGGUUCAAGGUUCAGCAGAUGUGGACCUCCCUGGAGUCAGUUUUUACGGGUGGAGAUAUCGCCAAGCAGAUGCCCAUGGAGGCCAAGAAGUUCCAGCAGAUCGACAAAGACUGGCAAAAGAUCAUGCAGAAGUCGGCGGACGCGAAGUAUGUGGUACCCUGCUGCCAAAACGACAUGCUGAAGCAGAUGCUGCCGGUGCUGUCCGAGGGCCUGGAGAAAUGCCAGAAGUCCCUGGAAAGCUACCUCGAGGGUAAGCGGAACAAGUUCCCGCGUUUCUACUUCACCAGUGACCCGGUGCUGCUGAAGAUUCUGUCGCAAGGUAGCGAUCCGGAGAGCAUCCAAGAGGACUUUGAGAAGCUCUUCGAUGCCAUCAACCGUGUCCAGUUUGACAAAGUCGACAGGAAAAAGAUCAUCAAAAUCAUGGAGACCCAUGGCUCUGUGCAGGAAAUCGUAGACCUGCAGGCGCCAGUACAGGCCCAAGGCAACAUCGAAGAUUGGCUCCUGGCUUUGGAGUCGGAAAUGCAGCGAUCCGUGCGACGAGAGUGCCGCAUAUGCUCGAUGGAAUGUGGGCAGGUGGCGGACAAUAGCAUGAACAUGACGGACUUUGGCAAGAAGUGCAUUGCUCAGGUGUCUUUGCUGGGCAUCCAGCUCAUCUGGACGGCAGAGUUCCAGGAUGCACUGACGCGCAUGGCCCGGGACAAAGACAAGGCGGUCAUGCCCAACGCAAACAAGAAGUUCGUGCAGAUGCUGACAGAGCUCGUCGCCAUUUGCUUGACUAACUUGUCCUCGAAGAUGGAGCGCACCAAGUUCGAGACUCUGGUCACUGUCCAUGUCCACCAGAAGGACCUGUUCCAAGAGGUCUGGAAGAAGGCCCGAGACGGCAAGGUGAAGGACGAGAACGAUUUCGAGUGGCUGAAGCAGACGCGGCUGUAUUGGAAGCAAGAGACAGAUCACGCCGUCGUUUCCAUCGCCGACGUGGAUUUCGUGUACUCCUACGAGUACCUGGGCUGCAAGGAGCGGCUGGUCAUCACGGCCCUGACGGACCGAUGCUAUGUGACGCAGUCCCAGGCUCUGGGAAUGUUCUUUGGAGGUGCGCCGGCAGGUCCGGCGGGAACCGGGAAGACGGAGACCACCAAAGACAUGGGCCGCACUUUAGGAGUUUUCGUCGUGGUCACGAACUGCUCCGAUCAGCAUCGCUUCCGUGACAUGGCCAAGAUCUUCAAGGGGCUUUGCAUGAGCGGCUUGUGGGGCUGCUUCGACGAGUUCAACCGAAUUGAGCUCGAGGUGCUCAGCGUCGUAGCGAUGCAGGUCGAAUCCAUCUGCUCUGCGAAGCGGCAAGCCGUUGCCACCUUCAUGUUCCCAGGCGAGCCGGCACCCAUCAAGCUGGUGCCAUCAGUGGGAUACUUCAUCACCAUGAACCCCGGUUAUGCCGGCCGACAGGAGUUGCCGGAGAACGUGAAGGCGCUCUUCCGCAGUGUGGCCAUGAUGGUGCCCAACCGAGAGACCAUCAUGAAGGUCAAGCUGGCCUCUGUGGGCUACUCGCAGAUGGAUUUGUUGGGCAAGAAGUUCUGCAUCCUCUAUGCUCUAUGCGAGCAGCAGCUGAGUAAGCAGAGGCACUACGACUUCGGCCUCCGAAACAUCCUGAGUGUUCUGCGAACCUCAGGAGGCGUGAAACGAUCCGAGCCACCCGAUGCUGAUGAGGAGAUGCUUUUCAUGCGUACCGUCCGUGACAUGAACUUGUCCAAACUGGUUGCCGACGAUGUGCCUCUCUUCUUGGCGCUGUUGAAGGAUCUGUUCCCCAAGGUGACCGAUCCUCCGAAGAAGGUGUACAAGAACGUGGAGGACGGAUCUCGCGCUCUGCUUUCGAAGAACCUUCUGGUCGACUGGGACACAUGGAUGCUGAAGGUGAUCCAGCUCUACGAGACCUCCCUGGUGCGACAUGGCUUCAUGCUUGUCGGCCCUACACUCUGCGGCAAGACUGAGAUUCGCGAAAUCCUGACCACAUGUCUGCACAAUGAUGGUCUGGCACACAAGCAGGUGGUCAUGAACCCCAAGGCGAUCACUGACAGCCAGAUGUAUGGUUACAAAGACCCGAUCAGCGAGGAAUGGACACCCGGCGUGUUCGCCUCGAUCUGGCAGCGCUACAACAACCGCGCUCUGAAGUACACGACCUGGAUUGUGUGUGAUGGACCGGUUGACGCCAUCUGGAUUGAGAAUCUGAACACGGUCCUGGACGACAACAAGAUUCUCACUCUGGCGAACAACGAUCGAAUUCCGAUGACAGACAACUGCAAGAUCGUCUUCGAGGUCCAGGAUCUGAGAAAUGCUUCGCCGGCCACGGUCUCACGCGCUGGCAUCAUCUACGUUUCGGCAAGCGACCUGGGGUGGCAGCCUAUCACAGAAGCUUGGAUGAAUCGCCGGCCCGAGUUGAACAGCUCGCGACAGGCUGAAGUGGACAUCCUGAAGCCGCUCUUCGACAGGUGGCUGAAAUCCAAGCCGCCGAACUCGGGUGCUGCAGAAGACUUCUUCGAUUGGUGCAUGAGGAACAUCAAGCUGGUGAUGCCUUGCAACGACUCGAUCCUCAUCGUCCAGACGCUGAACCUCCUCUCGGCAUCUCUGAGGAGCUAUGUCGAUGAGAACGCAAUCCCGGCCGAGGACACCUAUCGUCGCAUCCUGGCCUGGUGCAUCAUGUGGGGUUUCGGAGGCCUUCUCGAGCCAGAGCCCCGGAAAUUGAUUUGGUCGAAGUUCGCUGAGAUUCUGGAGGAAGCAAAGCACAAGGAUGCAAUUCCGCCUUGCGAGGAGGGCCAGACUAUCUUCGAAUGGGUGCCUGACUGGACUGACAAGUCGCGACCAUGGAAGAAGUGGGAGCCUGAGGAGUGGAAGCCACCGAAGAUCCUGAACUUCUCCGCUCUGCUCAUCCCCACCAUGGACUCCGUGAGAGCGGAGUACAUCCUCGACAUCAUCGCCAAGCAUGACGUGACGCGCACACCGCCAUCAUUCAAGUCUUGCAUGAUGGUGGGCGCUCCGGGCACAGCGAAGACGUCCACAGCGCUGAUGUACAUCAGCAGGUUCUCGCAGGACACCAUGCUCUCCAAGCGAUUGAACUUGAGCAGUGCGACGCAGCCUCUAGGCUUCCAGAAGAGCAUUGAGGCAGAGAUUGAGAGGAAGACAGGCAAGACCUUCUGCCCUCCGGGCGGGAAGAAGAUGACGGUCUUCAUCGAUGAUGCCGCCAUGCCUUUGGUCAACAAGUGGGGAGAUCAGAUCACCAAUGAGCUGGCCCGGCAGUUGGUUGAAAUGUCUGGCUUCUACUUCUUGGACAAGGACAAGCGUGGCGACUUCAAGAGCAUCGAGGGUCUCCAGUACAUCGGCGCCAUGGGACAUCCCGGCGGCGGCAAGAACGACAUCCCCAACCGCUACAAGUCCAAGUUCAUGUGCUUCAACAUGGUCCUGCCCUCGACGGUGUCGGUGGACAACAUAUUCGGCAGUAUCAUGAAGUCCAAGUUCAGCACGAAGGCUGGUGCCAAAGCCGAUGUGAUCGACUUGAGCAAGAAGCUGACCGCCGCCACUGUGGACGUCUGGGACCGCGUGAAGUCAAAGCUUCUUCCGACACCUUUGCGGUUCCACUAUAUCUUCAACAUGCGAGACUUGAGCCGAGUCUUCCAGGGCAUCAUGGAGUGUCCCGUGAACAUCGUCACCGCGCCAACUGUUCUUGUCGGCCUGUGGAAGCACGAAUGCCAGCGCGUGUUUGCGGACAAGCUGUGCCGAGAUGUUGACAAGAAUUUGGUGGAGAAGACGCUCACCGAGUUCAUGCCUGUCCACUUUGGCGAGCAGCUGGCCGCCGAGAACAAGAGCACCGAGUGGUUCGCUGACUUCCUGCGUGAGAUCGAGUACGACGAUGAGACUGGGGAGGAGAAGGGUGCCCCGAAGGUCUACGAGCCAGCCGAGUGGGAGGCCGUCAAGGGCAAGGCCUACUACUACCUGGGCAAGUACAACGAAGCCUAUCCGGCAAAGGCGAUGCAGCUUGUCCUUUUCGACGAGGCGAUGCAGCACUUGAUGAAGAUCAACCGUACCAUUCAGCAGAAACGCGGCAGCGCCAUGCUGGUGGGCGUCGGCGGCAGUGGAAAGCAAAGCUUAGCAAGGCUGGCUGCCUUCACAUCAGCGCACUAUGCCUUUCAGAUCACCAUCACCAAGACCUACAACGACAACGCUCUCUUCGAAGACCUGAAGGCUCUGUGUAUCCGUGCAGGUGUGAAGGGAGAGAGUGUGACCUUCAUCUUCACGGAUGCCGAGAUCAAGAGCGAGGGCUUCCUGGAGUACAUGAACUCGCUGUUGGCAACUGGAGAGGUGGUCGGCCUCUUCGCCAAGGACGAGAAAGAUGCCAUGUGUGGUGAUGUGCGAAACGAUUUCGUCAAGGACAACCCGAAUAUGGAAGAGAACUUGCUGAACAUGUACAACUAUCUUAUGGACCGUCUGCGAGACAACCUCCACGUCUGCCUUUGCUUCUCGCCUGUCAAUGCUAAGUUCCCGAUCCGUGCACAGAAGUUCCCGGCGGUCUUCACUGUGAACAUCAACUGGUUCAUGCCGUGGCCAGAGGCAGCACUGGUGGCCGUCAGCAGCGCCUUCUUGAGUACCUACAAGCUGGACUGCUCCGAGACUGACAAGGGACGUCUCUUUGCAUUGACAGGGUCCUUCCAGGCCCUGACGCGAGAUCUUUGCGACGUUUACUACACACGGAUGCGCAAGAAUGUCUACGUCACGCCAAAGAGUUUCCUGUGCCUCAUUGACUUCUACAAAGUACUGUAUACCAUCAAGUACGAGGAGAUCAAUGUGCAGGAGAGGAGCGUGAAUGUCGGCUUGCAGAAGCUGAAAGAGGCUUCCGAGUUCGUGGAGAAGUUAAAAGUUGAGCUGAAGGAGCAGGACGUGGUCUUGCGAGCUGAGGAGAAGAAGACCACGGCGCUGUUGGAGAAAGUCAUGGCCGAGAAAGCCAAGGCGGAUAAGAAGGCCGAGCAGGUGAACGCACAGAAGGCGGAUUGUCAGGCAGAGGCCGACAAGAUCAACGAAGAGAAGGCCGAGGCCCAGAUCGAGCUGGACAAGGCAUUGCCGUUCCUCCAUGAGGCCGAGUCUGCCUGCAACUCCAUCACCAAGAAGGAUAUCACUGAGAUCAAGACCAACAACAAGCCUGUGGAUAUCAUCAAGCUGACCUUCGAUGGUUUGCAAAUUCUACAGUCCAAGCCGGUCAUCUCAGUGAAGGUCGAUGAGAAGCUCAUCAACAAGGUCCAGGCAACUUUCAUCAUGGACAGCUACGAGGAGUUUGCCAAGAAAGACCUGCAGGAUAUGAACUUCCUGAGCAACAUCUUGGACUUUGCGGCUAACGAGAAGGAUAACAUCAACGACGAGACUUGCGAACUCCUCGAGCCAUAUCUGCGCUGGGAGGAGGAGCCAGCGAAGAAUUGGAGUCCUUGGGCGCACAAGCCACUGGAUCCAGACCUCGCGGGCAAGGCUUCCGGAGCGGCGGCCGGACUGUGCAAGUUCGUCGGAGCUAUGGUCAUGUACCACGGUGCCGCCAAGAUUGUGAAGCCCAAGAUGGAUGCCCUAAAGGUGGCAGAAGCUCGACUGGCGAAGGCCAUGGGCGAGCUGGGCGCUGCCGAAGCGGAGCUGAACAAGGUGCUUGCGGAGGUCGCAGAGUUGGAUGCGGAGUUGGCCAAAGCGCAGGGCGUCAUGAAUCAGCUCAAAGAGAGUGCUGCAGCAAUGCAGCGGCAGAUGGAUGCUGCGAACAAGCUGCUGUCCGGACUCUCCGGCGAGAAUGCGCGAUGGACCGAAGACUCCAAGAAUUUCGCACUGAGGCGCAAGAGGCUGAUUGGUGAUGUGGGCUGCGUUUGCGCCUUCGUGGUCUACUGCGGGCCUUUCAACUCUGAGUUCCGCGACAAGCUAUACAGCCAGUUCCAGCAGGACACGCAGAAGAGGCAAGUCCCCGCGCAUGAGAAGGUGGAAGUCGUCUCUUUCCUUGUGGACCAGGGAACCAUCGGCGAGUGGGCGCUUGAAGGUUUGCCGAGUGAUGAGCUUUCCAUCCAGAAUGCCAUCAUGGUCACGCGCUCCUCGCGCUAUGCUCUGAUGGUCGACCCGCAGGGACAGGCCAAUCGCUGGAUCAAGUCCAGAGAGAAAGCCCGAAUCAGUGAGAACCCGACGAUGUGCAUCACGACACUGGCAGCCAAGAACUUGAAGGAUCAGAUCGAGUUCACCAUGGGUGAAGGGCUCUGCCUCAUCAUCGAGAACGUUGAGAAUGAAGUCGACCCGAUGCUUGACCCGGUUUUGGACAAGCAGAUUAUCAAGAAGGGCAAGAACCUCUACAUCAACGUCAGUGAUCAGAACAUGGAUUACAAGGAGAACUUCACCCUCUACUUCACCUCCCGAUUGCCGAAUCCCCACUUCUCACCGGAGCUCUCUGCGAAAGCAACGGUCAUCGACUUCACGGUGACGCUGAAGGGCUUGGAGCAGCAGCUGCUGGGUAAGCUUAUUGGGAUGGAGAUGAAGAGCCUGGAGGACACACUGGCGGCUCUCGAAGAGGACGUCACAAACAACACCAAGUCCUUGCAGCUUUUGGACAAGCAGCUCCUGGAGCGUUUGUCCAACUCUCAGGGUAACCUCUUGGAAGAUACGGAGCUGAUCGAGGUGCUGGCCAACACCAAAGCCAAGGCCAAGGAGGUCGAAGGCAAGUUGAAGGAGGCCGACGAGAGGAAGAUCGAAAUCAACGAGAAGCGAGAGCAGUUCCGACCUGUGGCUACCCGCGGCAGUAUCAUGUACUUCAACAUGACAGACAUGACCAACGUGGUGAACCCCAUCACGAACCAGUGUUCCGGAUGGAUGUACAACUGCUCGCUGCUGCAGUUCCUCGAGCAGUUCGAGAUUUCGGUCCGCAACAGUGAGAAGUGCCAACCGACCUCGAAGCGAGUGGAGAAGAUCAUCCAUUUCCUCACAUACCAGGUCUACAGGUACAUGAACCGCGGCCUCUAUGAGCGCGACAAGAUGCUCUUCAAGCUACUUGUGACCCUGAAGAUCAUGACGGUGGCCGGCCAGAUAUUGUCCGGGGAUGUGUCCAUGUUGCUGAAGGCUGGAUCUUCCUUGGACAGCAAGGCGGAGCGUCCGAAUCCUUUCGGCAAGUGGCUGCCGGACAAGGUGUGGCUGAACGUCAUCGCCCUCUCGCGCCAACCCUUCGGCCCCGACCAGAUCGUGUUCUUCCGGGAGAUCCAGGACUUCAUGCAACGGAAUGAGCAGGCCUGGAAGAAGUGGUACGACGAGAACGAGCCGGAGGGCGUCCCGAUUCCGGACUACGACGAGCGCAUCAACAUGGACAGAACUUUGGGGCCCUUCCUGCGGCUGGUCGUGGUAAGGUCCAUGCGAGAGGAUCGAACCACGAUUUCCUGCAACCAGUUCAUCGAAGCGAUGCUGGACUCGCGCUUCACGGCCCCCGUCACAGAUGGAAUCGCCGACAUCUACGAGGAGUCGCUGGCCCGAAAGCCAGUCUUGUAUCUGCUCACGGCAGGCAGUGAUCCGACCUUCAGCAUCGAUGAGUUGGCGAAGAAGAAAAAGAAGUAUCCAACUGACAAGGUGUCCAUGGGAGAAGGCCAGGAGAAGGUGGCUCGCGAGAAGAACAAUGCAGCCUUCGUUACUGGUGGCUGGGUGAUUCUGCAGAACUCGCACCUGGGUAUUGGCUAUAUGUGCGAGCUGGAGGAUGUUCUUCUGAAGACCCCCGAGAUCGACGAGGCAUUCAGGCUGUGGAUUACCUGCGAGAUCACCCUCCGCUUCCCGAUCGGCCUGCUGCAGAUUGCCAUCAAGGUGACCCUGGAGCCUCCCGCGGGAUUGAAAGCCGGCUUGUACCGAACCUACAGCACCAUGGUCUCUCAGGAGCUUCUGGACAAGAUUGACUUGUCGCAGUGGCGCACGCUGGUCUAUGUGCAGUCCUUCUUGCACAGUAUCGUGCAGGAGAGGCGCAAGUUCGGCCCCAUCGGCUGGUGCAUUCCUUACGAGUACAACAACUCCGACCUCGACGCCUGCCUUCUCUUCCUGGAGAAGCAUGUCUCCACCACCAUCAUGGCCGGCUCACCGAUUUCAUGGGUGACCGUGCAGUACAUGGUGGCCGAGGCACAGUACGGUGGUCGUAUCACGGACGACCUGGAUCGCGAGUUGUUCAAUACCUACACCGCCAAGUGGUUCUGCGACGACAUUUGGAAGCCGUCCUUCGCGUUCAACAACUAUCAGUCGGAUUACAACUACAAGAUCCCUGAUGCCGUUACCAUUGACAUCCAGCAGUUUAAGGAAGCGAUUGACACCAUUCCCCCAGUCGACUCGCCUCUGAUCUUCGGCUUGCACACGAAUGCGGAUUUGACAUACCGCAUGAAGGAGGCCUCAGAGAUGAUCACCACCAUUAUUGAGACGCAGCCGAAGGACAGCGGCGGCUCAGGAGGCAAAUCUACGGACGAGAUCGUUAAGGACCUCUGCCUGGACCUUCUGACGAAGAUGCCUCCAGACUUCGUGGAGGAGGUCUUCCGUGCGCAGAUCCAGAAGCUGAAGGGGCCUCCGCUCACACCGGACAAGGGUUUCGCAGCUCCUUUGAACAUCUUCCUGUUCCAGGAGCUGCAGCGGCUGCAGAACAUCAUCGCCAUCGUGCGCACAAACCUGAAGAGUGUGGCAGCUGCGAUUGACGGCACCGUGGUGAUGACAACAGAGCUCAUGGAAGACCUCGGCUUCCUCUUCGAUGCGCGUGUGCCGAGAGGUUGGACCAAUGACCCCUCCGGCGCAGAGAUUUCUUGGCUCAUGCCCAACCUGGGAGGCUGGUUCACCGGCCUCACCGAGCGUCAAGCGAUGCUCAACAACUGGCUGGAGAAUGGCCGCUCGGUCAUGAAGGCCUAUUGGCUGACUGGCUUUACCAAUGCGCAGGGCUUCUUGACGGGCAUGCGACAGGAGGUGACGCGGCAGCACAAGAAGGACCAAUGGGCCCUGGAUGAUGUCAUCUCGCAUACAGAGGUGCUCCCCUACGACAUGGAGCGGAUCCGGGAAGUUCCUGAGGAGGGACAGAACAUCUGGGGUCUCUUCAUUGAGGGCGGCCGCUGGAGUCGACAAGACAGCAGGAUCGAAGAGUCCGAGCCCAAGAAGCUGUUCACGUCAAUGCCCGCGAUCUUUGUCACGGCCACGACAGCAAAAGACCUCAAAGCCAUGGGAUUGAACUAUGGCCCCAACGGCCCGUACAAUACCGCCGUCUACAAGUAUCCGAAGCGCAAUGACCGUUACCUCAUCUUCCGCAUGAUGCUCCGAACGGAGGUUCAUCCUUAUCACUGGAAGCUUCGCGGUGUCUGUCUCGUGGCACAGACGGAGUGA